AUGGCGGAUUCGGAACUGCGCCAGCGGAAGCAGCCGGACGCUGGAGAAGCCACCAAACCAGCAAAGAAAAAGCAGAGCAAGUCCAAGGUCGACGAUGAAGAUGCCUACUCUCCGUGGCUAGACGUCUUCCGCGUCAUCAGCUUCCUGUUCGUGGCCUCGUGUGCGCUUAGCUACUGGAUCAGCAAUGGCGAGAGCUUUUUCUGGGGCAUGAAGAACAAGCCCAACUACCUGAGGGUAGACUGGUGGAAAGCACAAUGGCAAGGUCCCAUCUACCUGACCCCCGAGCAGCUCGCCGCCUACGACGGCAAAGACCCCUCCAAGCCCGUCUACAUCGCCAUCAACGGCACCAUCUUCGACGUCUCCCUCGGGCGCCACAUCUACGGCCCCGGAGGCUCCUAUAACUACUUCGCAGGCUGCGAUGCCGCCCGGGCCUUUGUCACGGGGUGCUUUGCCGACGAUCGCACGCCCGACAUGCGCGGCGUGGAGGACAUGUUCCUGCCGCUGGACGAUCCCGAGACGGACGCCCAGUGGACCACGGCCGAGAUGAAGGAGAUGAAGGAGAUGGAGCUCAUCAGGGCGCAGCGUCAGGUGCAUGACGCGCUGAAGCACUGGAUCAACUUUUUCGGAAACAGCAAAAAGUACCACAAGGUGGGCUACGUGAAGCGGGACAAGAAUUGGCUGGAGAAGCAGCCCAGGAGAGAGCUUUGUGCGCCGGCUCAGCAGGGCAGGUCCAAGAGAAAGCCAAGGCAUUCCAAGGAAGAGAAGUAA